AUUUUGAGGAACGAGAAAAUGAAUUGUAUCAUAUAUAUACCCUAAGAUUGAGUAAACGCUAAAAGAGUACCAUGUGAUUUAAUAAAUAAUAGGCAUCACUGGGUAGAUAAACUUUUUUUCACUAAAAUUAUAAAAUACCCAUAUAUGGCCUUACAAUGAACCAUGCUCAUAUUUUAAUUCAAAUUUUAGAGUCAUUGUCUGUUGUGGUAGAUGUUGUUGAUGAUCUGUCUGUAAACCCUUUCCUUUAGUGUCUCCCAAACAAACUUAUUUACUUGAAUUAUUACGUCAGACUUUGCCUCUGGGGCCACCUAAACGAAGAUCCUUUCUUUUCUUUCUAAAGUUCUGUUAGAAAAUGAACUGGAAUAGCAUGAAAAAAUAGACUUCUGAAGAAAAUUGUAGCUAAGAGGAAAAAAGGUAGUGUUCAGAAUAUUCACAUGGCUAAGACACAAAGAGGCAGAAAUAAAAUAUUUGAGAUCUGCUUUUAGUCUAUAAUUUGAGAAAGUCAAAAAUAUAGAUCUGGCUUUACCAACAGUCUAUAUUAAAGUUAUGGAGGGAAGCAGAACAAAAGAGUGAGAUACAUUUUUGUAUUUUUGCCAAAACAAAACAGAAAAAACAGCUAUUUUGACAAGAAGAGAUACUAUACUGUGAAUAUUUUUGCUAGUAUUUGAAAUUUAUAUCAGAGGUACAUUUGAAGUGACCAAAUUAAGGGAAGGCAUAAUUUGUGUUGCAUCUGGAAAGGCUUUUUCCUUUCGUCUGCUGGAAUAAAAAAUGUAAAAAUCUUAAUCAGCCACAUAUAGCAUGAGAAUGAAUAGAAGGAUAAGUUACCUAAAUGCUUUCUCCUUAGCAGUGGAAGUGGAAUGAAAGUUAAAAUAGAUCAGUGCUUUCUAAAAUUCUGUUUCAUCUUCUUAAUCAGGGACGGAGUAUGCACUUGGUUGGUUUAAUUAGCUGCUGACUGGAGGAGAUAGCAGGGGCUAGCUGUAGGGGGAAGGGGUGUAUUAUCAACCAGCCAUCGCUGUGCUUUCAUAGUAAGAUAGCCAUGAGUUAAAACACUUAACUUACUAUCUAGCAAUUUUGGUAUUUGAUCUUAUUUAGCAAUCUGUUAUUUUAUCUUUUCCAAAAAAUUAACACGCUUUACCACUUUUUUUAUUAGGUAAUUUUCUUGAACUUUCACAAGAAACAUACUUAGAAUUUUAGAAUAUGUACCGUAAGCUCUGAAUUAAAAUACACAUAAAUGUAAUUAUUGGUUAAUUCUACUCAGUCCAAUUUUAAUUUUAUUUUUAGUUAUAUGUGAUUCCUUCUGGUAUAGGAGAGGAAGUGAUUGAGGAACUCAAAUGGCAACUGUGUGAUUGAAACUAUUCAAAGUCAAGCGUCUGCAUAUUCUUUCAACUGUAUUCGAGCACUCCCAGGACAUAAAGUGUGAUUGAACUAAACGUCUGUUUGGCUGAUCAUCAUGAACCGUGCUUUUAGCAGGAAGAAAGACAAAACAUGGAUGCAUACACCUGAAGCUUUAUCAAAACAUUACAUUCCCUAUAAUGCAAAGUUUCUUGGCAGUACGGAAGUGGAGCAGCCUAAAGGAACAGAAGUUGUGAGAGAUGCUGUCAGGAAACUCAAGUUCGCAAGACAUAUCAAGAAAUCCGAAGGCCAGAAAAUUCCUAAAGUUGAGCUGCAAAUAUCAAUAUAUGGAGUAAAAAUUCUAGAACCGAAAACAAAGGAAGUCCAACACAAUUGCCAGCUUCAUAGAAUAUCAUUUUGUGCAGAUGACAAAACUGACAAGAGGAUAUUCACUUUCAUAUGCAAAGAUUCUGAGUCAAAUAAACAUUUGUGCUAUGUAUUUGACAGCGAAAAGUGUGCUGAAGAAAUAACUUUAACAAUUGGCCAAGCAUUUGACCUGGCAUACAGGAAAUUUCUAGAAUCUGGAGGAAAAGAUGUUGAAACAAGGAAACAGAUUGCAGGAUUACAGAAAAGAAACUUAGUGUUCUCAUGUGACUUUGCUUCACUUCCUGAUGCUUCUCAUGGGGAUCAGAGCAGCAGAAGCAGCAGAUGCUGGAUUCAAGACUUAGAAACCGAAAAUAUGGAACUUAAAAACAAAGUACAAGAUUUGGAAAGCCAGUUAAGAAUAACCCAAGUAUCAACAUCUCCAGCGGGCAGUGUGACACCUAGGUCACCCUCCACUGACAUCUUUGAUAUGAUACCAUUUUCUCCAAUAUCACACCCAGCUUCGAUGCCUGCUCACAACGGCACACAGCCACCUCCAAUACCUAGCAGAUCUACUGAGAUUAAACGGGACCUGUUUGGAGCAGAACCUUUUGACCCAUUUAACUGUGGAGCAGGGGAUUUUCCUCCAGAUAUUCAAUCAAAAUUAGAUGAAAUGCAGAUCAGUUAUUCCAUCCCUGGCCUCAGAGGUGUGAACAAGUCUGCAAGGGAGAACACUGUGAGUGGUUCAAAGUCAUUGCUGGCCAACGUUUCCAUCAAGUGUGAGGUGCCCUCAGCCAAAGGCAGAGUAAUGGAAGAGAGGGCCUCCGAGGAGGUCCAGUCUGAGGAACCAAGAAUUCAUUCUCUGGAGCAACUGCUGGUUAAAGCACCAGGCACAGGAUCGGAAAGGGACGCCCGGGAGGUGGGGUCACUGGGCACAGGAUCGGGAAGGGACGCCCGGGAGGUGGGGUCACUGGGCACAGGAUCGGGAAGGGACGCCCGGGAGGUGGGGGUCCUUGAAUGAUGCCCGUUGAUACCGCUCUCCACAGCUUGUGACAUCUGGGUAUAGGAAAGCAGGGUGUGGAUGAAAACUGUUAAAGAAAAUACAGGGUGCUCUUUUUCUUUUGAAUGUUUUAGAUAUUUUCCUUGAGAAUGCUGCACUGGGGAAGCCAACCAGGCCAGAAGGAUAAAAUGUACUGUUUCUUUGUU